AUGUAAAGUUUUCUUAAGAAAACUUGCACCGAUUUCUCGAUUUAAACUUUUUAUUAUUAUUUCAAUUUCAAUCAUUCAUCUGUGAUCACUUAAAAUUUCCACGAUGGCAUUAAUUACAGAAUUCUGUAAUUCGUAUGACGAUUACAAAUCAUGUCUUGAAUAUAUGUCUGAUCACCAAAUUACAACUGUUGAAGAUUUUAAGAACCACCUUGUACUCAAUGCUUAUUCUUUUUUGCGUUUAUUCAAAUCUAUCUCAUUGUCCAAAUUGGAAUCUGAUCUGGAAGUUUUCCAAAUAGAAUAUGAAAAGAAAAUGUUUAUGAUCAGUACACAAGAUGGAAAUCAAAUUGUGUACAAUUGCGAUCAUCCAUGCUGUUCGGUGUUGAACAAUAAAUUAAACGAAGUGCUGAAUGAAUUAAAAAUUAUAAAAUCAAAAAAUGAAGAAUUAGAAUCUUGGAUUAAGCAAGAACUGAAAAAAGUGGAUAAUCCGAUGGUAAUUCAACAAGCUAGGAAUGCCGGUGAUUUUCUACUUGAAGAAAAAUGGUUGGUCAAAUAUGAAUUUCUUCAAAAUGCAGCCAAUGAUUGUGGCAAAAAUGAUUUGGCGAAUCUUAUGGAUUCGGUUUUCGGAAAGAAAUUUCUACAAAAAUACAAAUCUUAUAAAGAUCUUCCAUCCGAUCUUCGUAAUGCAAUUGAUACUUUAAUUGAACGAUAUGUACGGGCCAAAAUUCAAACCAUAGGUGGUGAAUAUGGAAAAAUCUUAAGUCAUGCAAAACAACGUUUAAAUAAACGCUUCGAUAACUGGGCGCGAUAUAAUGUAAAGAAAAAAGGUAAAUUUUUCCAUAUUUAAUUCAAAAAUUUACUUUUUAAUCUCAAUAAUUUCAAUUUAUAAUGGAAUUAAAAAUGCUCAAUUUCGAAAAUA